AUGAGUCAACAGGAUGCUCAGAAGAGAGUUCUUAUUACAAAAGAGGCUAAAAUUGAUUUAGACAGAAAAGUAGAUCGUGAUAUUAAAAAUGCUGGCGGAAACAAUGUUAUUCAAGCAAAAUACAUUCGCGAAAUUGGAAAGCAAAUUAAUAAUGCUACAGAUGCAAAGAUUGAUCGUCUUAAAUCGGCUCCAUUUGUUCAUGAUGAAGAGGCAUGGCAAAAAGCUUUUAACCUUGUUGUUGCAUAUCUUCGUAGAUACAAAAUGGAUAUUACACUUUCAGCAAUUAAAGAUGAGGGAAUUACUGUUCCAAAGGAAACCGGUUACCAGAGAGCAUCAGAUGUAAAUGGUCAAUUUAGAAGAUUUGAUCUCAUUUCUGCCAACCUUGGAGCUCUUACUUUCAGAGAUCGUGUUGAAGCACUUGCAAAAGGAGUACAAGAAACACCAAAGAAAUGA